UGUCUGGGUCAUCGCGUCUGUCCGUCCCUGGCCCCGUCCUCCGCCCAGCAGCUGUCUCUCCCCUCGCCUCUCGCCCCCCUGGGUGGCUGCCAUGGGCCGGAAGAGGAGGCUCAUCACCGACUCCUUCCCCAAAGUGAAGAGGAGGAAGGGCGGGCCGGGGCCUGGCAAAGAGGACCGGGCGCCGGAGCCAGGGUUGCGAGAGGAAGAGCCAGGGGAGGAGCCACUUGCAGCCCACCGGGACAAAACCCAUUUAGAGAUACUGAGGCAGUUUGACCUGAACAGGCACUUCGGACCCUGCACAGGAAUCACUCGACUCCAGCGAUGGGAAAGAGCAGAGAAGCUGGGCCUAGACCCUCCCCAUGAGGUGCUCAAGGUGCUGUGGGCCCACCCUGAAGAUCCCCAAUAUCAGUGCAGCCUCUGGCACCUGUACCCCAUCUAAAGGAGUCAGUCAUGAAGUCAUGCCCAGUGCAUCCCUGCCGCUCUCCCAGGGGCUUCCGAAUGGACAGGGGACCCCACUGCUGUUUCUUCAAACAACCCUGUGCUGGAGGGCGUGGAGGCUGGGGUGGCAAGAAUCUCCCUGAGGAGAGGGAGAAGCCAGAACCUCAGGACUCCAAGUUGGGGGGACUCCUCUGACUUGCCAGCAGCCAUAGUGACCUCUACAAGCAAGCUCAGCCAACCAGCUGAGGCUGGCUCAUCAGGAGGCUUUUUAAAAAGCCAGCAGGUAGUCUUCCUAUCCCCCAAGUACCUCUUCACAUCUGGCACAUCCAUCUCUGACCUGGGUCCCCGAAAAAGGGCGGUAUAGACCACAGGAGGUCUACAGGGCAAAGGGGGGGGGCAACUGGGUGCCUAAGAAGCAGAUCAUGGGCUGAGCCUGCCAGGUGGGUGGGGCUUCAAUGAGAUGUACUAAUAAAAGAUAACAACUCUGGCA